AUGUCCCCAACGCCGGCGCGGACGCCUCUCGACCGGAUUCAUCUCACGUACGCGGCUAAGUGGCACCCGGGCCGGAUACAGCUUGCGGGACUCCGCAUCCUGUCGGCCAUCUUGGUUUUUGAAACCCUUCCCGGUCGCACAUUGUUAGUUCCAGAUCGUCGCCCUGUUUGCCUGUCGGUCGUGACAAAUAAAGUUGUACGCGGCAGCCCUGAAGCUAACGGAGGUGGGCCGCACUUAAACACGUCCCUCGUUAAAGUUCCCAUCCCGCCGGAGCGGGCGAGAGUCGGUCCGCGCGGCGUAUGCAAAUCCGCCCGGAUUAUGCGGUCGCCGAUAACGCCACGCGACGCUUGCCAACGGCUGCCGGCGUACGUACGCUGCGGACGCCGCUUAUCGUCCUCGGUUGCGUCG